CUUAUGGUCGUAAUGAAUUUUGUUGAUGCACUGGACUCUGUACUGGUUUAUGUUGUUUCUAUCCAGUUACCGAAGUUGAGAUGGCAAAAAUUUCCUAGCUGCCAACAAAUUAAUAGUAUUGCCUCCGCGAUCAAUCAUGUCAUCAUCUACAGUAGUAGAGUCCGUGCGGAGGAUGAAUCUCCUCAAAAUCUCCAAACACGACCUCCAACAAGAGGAGGAAGAAGAAGAGGAAGAGGAGCAUGAACCCAGUCACGACGCCCCCAUUGUUUCCCCCUACAACGACCGGAUUCGGCCGCUGCUGGACACGGUGGACAGGCUGCGCCACCUCAAAAUCAUGCAGGAAGGCAUCCAGCUCCCCACCAUCGUCGUCGUCGGCGACCAGUCCUCCGGCAAGUCCAGCGUCCUCGAGUCCCUCGCCGGCAUCCGCCUCCCCCGCGGCGACGGCAUCUGCACCCGCGUCCCCCUCAUCAUGAGCCUCAAAAACCACUCCGAUCCCCGCCCCCACCUCUCCCUCGAGUUCAACGGCAAAACCGUCCAAACCGACGAGGCUAACGUCGUCGAUGAAAUCAUGUACACAACUCAGGAGAUCGCCGGCAAAGGGAAGGGCAUCUCCAACACUCCGUUGACUCUCGUCGUCAAGAAGAAAGGCGUGCCCGAUCUCACCAUGAUCGAUCUCCCCGGGAUAACUAGGGUUCCGGUCAAAGGCCAGCCGGAGGACAUCUCCGAGCAGAUCUCUGACAUUAUCAUGAAGUACAUCACGCCGGAGGAGAGCAUAAUCCUCAACGUCUUAUCCGCCGGCGUCGAUUUUCCCACCUGCGAGUCGAUUCGGAUGUCGCAGAGAGUGGACAAAACCGGCCAUAGGACUCUCGCCGUCGUCACCAAGGCUGAUAAGUCGCCGGAGGGGCUGCUUGAGAAGAUCGUCGCCGACGAUGUCAACAUCGGCCUCGGCUACGUCUGCGUCAGAAACCGCAUCGGCGAUGAGACGUAUGAAGAAGCUCGGGCAGAAGAGGCGAAGCUCUUCGAGAAUAAUCCUCUGCUUUCACGGAUUGACAAGUCCAUUGUUGGAAUCUCUGCUUUGGCGGAGAGGUUGACGACCAUUCAGGCCAACAUCAUCGUGAAAUGCUUGCCUGAGAUCGUGCGCAAAAUCAACGAGAAGCUCUCGGCUAAUCUGGAAGAGCUGAAUAAGAUGCCUCAGCAUCUGAGUUCAAUCAGCGAAGCAAUGACUGCGUUCAUGAAAAUUCUCUGCUCUGCUAGAGAAUCUCUGAGGAAGAUAUUGCUACAAGGCGAGUUCGAUGAGUAUCCCACAGAUGAUAAUAUGCACGCCUCUGCUAGAUUAGCUGAAAUGCUCAACAAAUACUCCGAGGAGCUCCGAUCUGCCAAAUCCGGCGAAGGCAACGACAAUUUUCUGGUUGAUGAAAUGAAGGUUCUAGAAGAAAGCCGAUCCGUCGGCCUCCCCAAUUUCAUACCUAAAUCUGCAUUCCGCACUCUGCUAGCGAAGAAAGUGGAGGAGAUAUCGACGACGCCGUUGGAUUACUCGGAGAAGAUAUGGAAUUACAUCCGGAGCGUAGUGAUCUCCGUCCUGCUGAAGCACUGCGACAACUACCCGCAGCUGAUCUCAUGCACCAGACGAGCGGCGCAAAACCUAAUUUCGAGGAAGAAGCACCACUCUACCGAGUGGAUCUCCGAUCUGGUGAAGAUGGAGAAGCUCUCCGACUACACGUGCAACGGGGCGUACUCGGCGUCGUGGAACAAGCUGAUGGCAGAGCAGAACGGAUUCAUGGAGCGGAUCCGCGGCAAUUUCCCGCUGGCGCCAGUGAGCGGGUUCGGGGAUAUCAACAUCGCGCAUCUGUGGGGCGUGAACGCGGAUGUGGUGCAGGCCGCAUACGACCUGAAGAUGAGGAUGGCUGCAUAUUGGGAGGUGGUGACGGGAAGGAUGGUCGAUAACAUGGUGCUGCACUUAAUGUUCAGCAUAGGAAAGGUGGUGAAUAAGGAGAUGCAGGAUGAGAUAAUUUAUGAGGUGGUGGGACCACAGGGGAACGGGCUGGAGAGGAUGUUGGACGAGCCACCAUCGGUGGCGGAGAAGAGGAAGAAGCUACAGAGCAGCGUCGCCUUGCUCAAGCAGUCUAAAGAGAUUGUUGCUAAUAUUAUGGACAACAUUUCUCUCGAUUUCGAUUGAAUUUGAAUCACUACUUAUUUUAUGCUUUGUUUUCCCUCUAUGUUUAAUCCGCGGAGCUAAUCGACUCAUCUUCUAUUGA